AUCAAUAUGGGCCCCACAGUCAGGGAUCUACACGCCUUGGUGGAUCCGGGGAUCCACCGAAGCUGCGACCUCGUUGAGUAAUGUGGUCGUGCUGCUGCGGAGGGAUUUUCAGAACAGCGCCCGGACUCUCUUGCUCUCUCUCGCUCUCUCUACUCUCGCUUGUCUGGUUAGAAGGAAAGAAAUGGAUCCUUCAGAGCUUAGGUACUUGGAGAAUGAUGAUACUCCAACCAUGAAGACGAUUAAGGGUGCAACGAUGGGUUUGGUCACCGGGACUAUUUGGGGAACAGUCGUUGCUACAUGGUAUGAUGUGCCCCGUGUUGAGAGGAAUGUUGCUCUCCCAGGCCUGAUGAGGACCCUUAAGAUGAUGGGUAACUAUGGGCUUACCUUUGCUGCGAUUGGAGGAGUUUAUAUUGGCGUAGAGCAAUUGGUGCAGAACUACAGGAUGAAGAGGGACUUAGUUAAUGGCGCAGUGGGUGGUUUUGCUGCUGGAGCUACCGUUUUGGGUUCAAAAGCAAGGAGCAUUCCGACCGCAAUUUCUGCCGGAGCCGCUUUGGCCGUUACUUCUGCACUUCUGGAUGCGGGCAGUCAAACAACAAAAAUCGAUACGGGUAAGGAGUAUUACGCCUACACUACCCAGAAAAGGCCUUCUUGACUUGAUAAUCUCCCCUUUUACUGCCAGAAAGUGUUUGUCUUGGGAGACAGAUUCAAACCUUGCUGCCUGUUUUGGAAUGGACCCUUUCUUUCUUCUUUCUUUUUAAUUCCAGUUAAGAGCUGUAGCCGGCCCCAAUUAGUUGGGAUAAGGCUUAGAUGAUGAUGAAUUCCUGUUAAGAGCUGUCGUGAUCUGUUUCUGCUGUUGUAGAUGCCCCCUGCAUGCCUGCAGAUCUUCAGACCAAAUUUCAAAAUAAACCUAUUCUCCCUCCA